AUUUGAAGCGACACGAGUCAACUGUCAAACGACAUGGAGGAGUCCGCGCAAGUGAUCGAUUUGACCGAGCACCAACAGCAUCAUCAUCAAUAUCAUCACUAUCAUCAUCAUCAUCAUCAUCAUCAUCAUUAUCAUCAUUGUCAUCAUCAUCGAGGUAGAACACCCGUGGGUGAGAUUGGUGACGACGAGUGCAGCACCGACAGUGGAUGCAGCAGCAGCGAUGGAAGUACCGGAAGCGGCGAACGUCUAUCGCAACGCGGUAGCGGUGAACGUUUGUGCAGAUCCAGGUCCUCUCCGAGAACGCAUUGCUACCCAGAGCGGCUGCGAGGACGAAUGACACGAUCGCAGGAGCGGCUUAGCACUAGCGUGCAGAGAUCGUCGGAGCGCACUUGGAGCUUUCCCGAAGACGUCAGGAGUCUACCUCGUGGUGGUACCUCACCCUCAUCCUAUUCCUCCAGUCCUUCGGAUGCUCACAGCAGCAGCGAUAGCGACUCCCUUAAGAGGCCCUCCACAGCGGAGACUCUACGACGAGCCUUUCAAAGUCUCAAGAUUACCUCAUCCAAGUGGGAUAACAAGAAGGAGAAGAAGCACGCGAAGAAGAGCCCGAAGAGGAUUUUGCGCAGCCCGGUGCCCUAUAUAUAUGUCCGAGGACCAUCCGGUCUACCCACUCAAAGGAUUCCCCGAAACUCCGGUUUUCAGCAGAAAACUAUACAGCCGCGCUCCUGUCAAGAUCUUUAAUCGAUUACACACACACACACACACAC